AUGUCGAAUGCAGCCCCCAGCAUCGAAUCGGCGCAAGCCGCACCGCCAACAGUGUCUGGCGGUGCGCUCAAUGCGCAGCCCGAUGAAAAGCUCAACAACACCAAGGAUUCCUCGCAGACGUUUCUGCAUUCGCCGCCAGAUAGUAACAACACGUCCAAAUCAGAUGUCAGCGACUCCGAACUCAGCGAGCUCGACGACGAAUUGGCAUCCCUCGACGCAUACAAGCCCCUCUUGUCGGCCCAGGAGCCUCCGCCCUCAAUCCCUCCCGAUGCUGAUAAUUCUCCUGGACAAGGCGACGCCGUGGAAGAAGACAUUGGAGAGGUUCUGCCCGACCAUUGGUCUGGGGCCGUUCCGGUCUUCAAGCCCACCAUGCACCAGUUCCAAGACUUCAAGCGUUUUAUGACCGAGGUGAAUAGCUAUGGAAUGAAGUCGGGCGUAAUCAAGAUCAUUCCUCCAAAGGAGUGGAAGGACAAGCAGCCUCCUCUGGACGAGCUGGUCAAGACUGUCAGAGUUCGAGAGCCUAUCAAACAAGAUAUUAUGGGAUCGAAUGGUACCUAUCGACAAGUGAACAUUCUCCACGGCCGAUCAUACAAUGUGCCCCAAUGGCGCCAGCUUUGCGACCAGAGCGAGCACCAACCACCGGCCAGACGCGGCGAACGACGGGCCAAUGCCGAUAAGCCAAGACCUCCACGACGAGCGGCUGCACCGAAAACGCAGGUGUCAUCGGCACCCAAGAAGCGUGGCAGGAGGGCUGGGAGGGCCAAGGGAGGUCCGAGCGAGAAGGAUGAUGAGGAGCGGCCAAUGACUCCUGUCUCUCCCAAGGCUGAGCCUGAUGAACCUACGGAAGGGAUUGUCGCCUCCAUCGAGGAAGCGCUCACGACCAAUGCCGAAACCGACGAACCCUGUGAGCCGCAGAAGGGGGCUUCUAGGCAGCCCAAGACCAAAACCCAAUCCGUUUCUGCGCGACGGAAAUUCAGCAAGCGGGAGGGCUCCGCAGCGAUUGACGAGGCUGCGUUCAAGGACUUUGAUUAUCAAAUGGACAUCUCAGAGUACACGCCGGAGCGCUGCGAAGAGUUGGAGCGAGUAUACUGGAAGACGUUGACGUAUGCUUCUCCCUUGUACGGCGCCGACAUGAUGGGAUCCCUCUUCGAUGACCGCACAGAGAUCUGGAACCUCAACAAACUGCCAAAUUUGCUUGAUGUCCUCGGCACCAAGAUUCCCGGCGUCAACACUGCGUAUCUAUACUUUGGAAUGUGGAAAGCAACCUUUGCAUGGCAUCUUGAGGACGUCGAUCUGUACAGCAUCAACUAUGUGCACUUUGGUGCCCCGAAGCAGUGGUACAGCAUAUCACAAGCGGAUGCUCGGCGCUUUGAGGCUGCGAUGAAAAACAUCUGGCCCGCGGAUGCAAAGUCUUGCAGCCAGUUUCUCCGUCACAAAGGAUUUCUCAUUUCUCCCCAGCACCUGCUCUCACACUACGGUAUCAAAGUCAACAAGGUCGUCUCGUACCCUGGCGAGUUUGUGGUCACCUACCCCUACGGUUAUCAUUCAGGGUACAAUUUAGGGUACAACUGCGCCGAAGCCGUCAACUUUGCCCUUGAACCUUGGCUUGAAAUGGGAAAGGUGGCAAAGCGGUGCGAAUGUGCCCAAGCCCAGGAUAGCGUAUGGAUCAACGUGUAUGAGAUUGAACGCAAGCUCCGCGGCGAGGAGACUGAGUACGAAGAGACUGACUUCGAGGAUGAGGAAGAAGAUGAGGAUAGUAGGCUGCCCACGCCACCAGCAGGACACGCCGUGAAGGUGGUCAGACGCAAGAGAAAACGAGAUCAGAACGGCAAGGAGGACAAGUCCCCAUUGAAGAAGAGGAUCAAAUUACGCCUGAAGUCCAGGGCCGAACCACCCUGUUGCCUUUGUCCAAAUGACGUCUCUGCCAUGGAGCUGCUACAGACGGAUGAUGGACGCAGAGCGCACCGCGUGUGUGCUCUGUACCUGCCCGAGACCUAUAUUGAUUUGGUCGAUGGAAAAGAAGUCGUAUCGAACGUCUCCGGUAUCCACAAGGAUCGGACCGAGCUCAAGUGCCUGUACUGUCGGUCGAAAAGAGGCGCAUGCUUCCAGUGCUCACAGAAGAAAUGUGCCAGAGCUUACCAUGCGACUUGUGCGGCCGCAGCCGGUGUAUUCGUGGAGGAAGGAGAUGUUCCAGUCUUUGGUGAGGAUGAGGUCGAGUAUAAGGAACAGGCCUUUGAGUUUAGCUGUCGGUUCCACCGUUCAAAGCGAGACAGGAAGUUGGAUGGCUCCAUCCUCGAGGAGGAUUCUAGGAUUAGAAAUGCUGCUCAGUCUUUGGAGAAGGGUGCUGUCUGCCAGUUCCAGUAUCAUAAGGGAGAUAUUUUUGCCGGUAUCGUGGUCGAGAACCGCGCCAUUGACCAGACGCUACUGAUCGAUAUUCUUCCACAUGGUGACCAAAUUGAAGUCGAGUGGAAAUGGCUUCUCCUUCCAGGUUCCUCUGACUACCACCUACCAAAGGCAUCUGCAAAAGCUAUCCCAAUGCCGGCUUCACACAAGGCCAAGGCAAAGCUGAACGCUAAACGCGGAGGCGAUGAAAAGCCGAGGAAAGACGACACUUUCGUCGAUGGCUGUGUUUGGGCGGAAUUCAACCUCCACGAAGUUGGAAAGAAUCCGGCACAGGUCAAGGUUGAUCUGGCGAAGCCAGACCAGAUUUGGUACUAUCUCGCCCGGUCUUCGACUGACGCAAAGGCUCAAUAUACGGAAGAUCCAGCCAACCCUCGGCAUAACCCCAAGGGCAACUACCUUGAUACGAUCCCUAAGCCUGCGAAGCCACCAUCUACAAAUUCUGUGAGGCGUCAAAAUUACCAGCCAUAUGUCUCCCCAUACAGUCAACAAGGAGGGAUGCACCUGGCGAACCAGAUGCACGCGAACAGUAUGGUCGUCAAGCCAUACAUCUACAAACCGAGGAUUCCAGUCAAUCCUACCUUUCAUACCUCUGGCAGCUAUGUGCCCCCAACUACUGCAGCCGCAUUGCCAAAGGAGCGAGUGGCAGCAACCAUGUUUGUUCCAUAUGUGCAGCCCCAACAAGCUUCACAGACAGGACCGGGCAGCUCCAAUUGGAUGUAUUCAAAGCAGCUGUUUGCGCCUAGGCCAUCGGUCCCUUCCACCCCACAGCAACCACAGCAACCACAGCACCCGCAGCACCCGCAGCACCCGCAGCACCCACAGCACCCACAGCAGGCCCCUGUGAAUCAUGGUCCGGUUCAGUAUGCUGGCCCUUCUGCUAUCGCGAAGCAGACUGUAAAUGCCAACGGCCAAGACGCCUCCAACCGGCCGGGGCAUCCACGUCAUCCUUCGAAACCUAGCUGGCAGGUACACUCGUCAGUGUACCAGAAAUACCCAUUCUUCCAAGUGCAUCAUAAUAGGGACUCAUCAAAGUAUCGGACCCCCUACUCUCCAUGGGGUGGGUUCACGAAUGGGUACGAGGGCGAUUUGCGUGCCUAUCUCAAGCAAAAUCAAAAUGAACUUUUGAAGAGGGCCAGCUUGACCUCGACUUCUUCGUUGCAUAGGAUGCCAUCCGCGACCACAAAAGCCGACCUCUUGAGAUAUAUGCAGCCGGCUCCCUAUAUGCCAGUAGCGCAAGGUGCUCAAGCACCCAUCGCACAAAAGGCUUAUCAAGCUGGGCCACCCGAGUCAAUAACUGUUGCCACGGGUUAUCGGAUGCCAUCGAGUACCGGACAGCAGAUCAUACCCACAACACAGCAACAGGGCCAAAGUCCACAAUCAACGACAACUCCGCCGGCUAGGAAGUCUAAGCAACCUCCAGCCCCGAAAGUGUACAAGAUUCCCGCAAAGGAGUCACCCGUUCCUUUGCCGCCAAAUUUUUUGGCCGCCAUGACGUCGAAAGGGACAAGCUCCCCGGGCUCUGAGGUGUCAGCCUCUUCGACUCCUACGGCUGAUAAAGGAGAACGAUCGAUAACAGUGGCGGGGAUCACGCCGCACAGGACUGUAACGCCUGUGCCUAUACCUAAAUUUUCAGGGAUGACGCCUCAUCAAGCUGCAGCAAAAGCCCACCCGCCAACGCAAGUUGGAAUCAAGGAGUCGGAACUGUCAAUCCAGGUCCAGCCCGGCCCUUUUACUGCAACAACGCCUGUCGCCAUGAGCGACGAUACGCAGAUACCGCAACAGGCGACGUUGACUCCAACCAAGGGCAGCAUCGACGAAAUCGAACACGACUCUAGCGGCGAAGUUCAGGACUUUCCCGAUGUCCCUGGACGAGAAUCCAUGGAGUUUAUGGAGAGAAUGAUGGCGAACCUUCGCCGUGUGGUUGAAAAGCCUGGUGCCAACUAA